UGCUCAAAAAAGGACAAAAUGGCGGAGGCGGCGGCACCGAAGUCGCAGCUCGACUACGAGCAAACUUUGAUGUAUGGCAAAUACACCAAAGAGCUUGGUGACUAUGCACGGGUGGAAGCGGAGAAACUGCGGGCCCAGCGAGAGAGGAGGCGAGAAAAGGAGCGCAGGGCGGCCUUCAUGAAAUACAAGGAAGAGUCGCGGUGGCAGAGAUGCAAAUCGUACAUGAUCUGGUGCAGAAAUGUUGUGUUUGCCAAGAUCGGAGAAGACUGGAUCUUCCUGCUGCUCCUGGGUGUGUCCAUGGCUCUUCUCAGCUUCGCUAUGGACUUCACCAUCGCAAAGUGCCAGAAAGCUCACUACUGGUUGUACAUGGAGCUGUCCCAGUACCCCCUGCUCCAGUACCUGGCCUGGGUCAUGUUUCCUGUCAUCUUCAUCUCCUUCUCAGCAGGGUUCACACAUAUUGUCUCAGCUAAUGCUAUAGGUUCAGGUAUCCCUGAGAUGAAGACCAUCCUGCGGGGAGUGGUGCUGAAGGAGUACCUGUCCUUCAGAACUCUCGUCGCCAAAAUCGUCGGACUCAUCACAGCCUUGGGAAGCGGGCUUCCCCUCGGCAAGGAGGGUCCGUUUGUACACAUUGCCAGUAUGGUUGCCCAACUUCUCAGUAAACUUGUCACCUCUUUCAGAGGUAUCUAUGAGAAUGAGUCCAGAAACAGUGAGAUGUUAGCUGCUGCCUGUGCUGUGGGAGUGUCCUGUAACUUCGCAGCACCAAUCGGAGGCGUGUUGUUCAGUAUAGAGGUAACAUCCACGUACUUUGCGGUGAGGAACUACUGGCGUGGGUUCUUCAGUGCAGUUUGCGGUGCCUUCAUCUUCAGACUACUGGCUGUGUGGAACAGGGAGGAAGAAACCAUCACAGCCUUGUUCAAGACCCAGUUCAGAGUAGACUACCCCUUUGAUGUACAGGAGCUGUUGGCUUUUGCAGUCAUAGGGAUUGUGUGUGGGUUUGGAGGUGCCCUGUUUGUGUACUUCCACAGACAAGUUGUGUACUUCAACAGGAAGCACAGGAGACUGACUUACUUUCUACAGAAAAACCGGUUCAUCUAUCCUGCCAUCAUCGCGUUUAUCUGUUCAUCUCUCACCUUUCCCCUGGGGCUGGGGCAGUACAUGGCUGGGGAGCUGACGCAGAAAGAAGCGAUAAACGAGUUGUUUGACAACCACACGUGGACCAAAGGUCAGGCUGACGUGGACGAGGAACUCAUCAUCAGUCACUGGAAACAUCCUCAGUCCAACAUCUUUGUCACACUCGUUAUCUUCAUUGUCAUGAACUUCUGGAUGUCAGCCAUGGCUGUGACGUUACCUGUUCCAGCUGGGGUCUUCAUUCCUGUGUUUGUACUAGGAGCUGCAUUUGGCCGGCUGGUGGGUGAGAGCAUGGCCGCCUGGUUUCCCCUGGGGGUCAGGUCAGAUGGGAUCCCCCACAGGAUCAUCCCUGGGGGGUACGCUGUAGCAGGUGCUGCGGCAUUAUCAGGAGCGGUAACGCACACUGUUUCCACGUCUGUUAUCGUGUUUGAGCUGACAGGGCAGAUUGCACACAUCCUCCCCGUCCUCAUCGCUGUUCUGGUCGCUAACGUGAUCUCACAGUGGCUCCAACCAUCCAUCUACGACAGUAUCAUACAGAUCAAGAGACUGCCCUACCUGCCUGACAUCGGGAGUGGGGGCUCAGGAAGGGCCCACAAUGUGUAUGUGGAAGACAUCAUGGUGAGAGAAGUCAAGUUCAUCUCCUACAUCUCCACAUACAAGGAGCUGAAGGACCUGCUCAACAGUUGUCGACUCAGUUCCUUUCCAUUGGUGGAUGCACCAGAGUCCAUGAUCCUGCUGGGUUCUGUGAAAAGGUGGGAGCUCGAUGACAUCAUGGAAGACCACCUAAGUAACGCCAGGAGACGCCUGGUGAUGUCACACACCAACCACCCAUCAGUGCGAUUCAAUGCAGCAGGAGAUGGAGAUAUUGAGAUGAAAGACAUCAGAGUGGUUCAUCGGGAGGAGGAGGAGGAUAAAGAGGAGGAGGAGGCAGCAGCAACCAACCAGGAGACAGUAACAGUGGUCGACUUCAACAGACAUGGUAUCAGUGCUGCCCCUGCUGCUGCCCCUCCCAAGUCCAUACUGAAGAAAAGCCCCAUAUCCAGUCCAACCACUACUCCCAAUGGCAGUCCUAAAGCCAAGAAGAAAUUUGACUAUCCCAACCCAGCCCAUGAGAGUCCCUACAGAAGUAUGUUCAGGCCAAGAGAGGACACACCAGAUAUAGAAGAGUUGGCUGACAUAGGAGACCUCACUCCUGAACAGUUAGCAGAGUGGGAGGAAGAGCAGCUACAGGACAGAAUUAACUUUGACGCCGUCACCAUCGACCCAGCACCCUUCCAGCUGGUGGAGAGGACAUCUCUACAUAAAGUGCACUCCCUCUUCUCUCUCCUGGGUCUUCACCACGCCUACGUCACCACCAUCGGCAGGCUUAUAGGGGUCGUCUCACUCAAGGAGGUUCGGAGAGCGAUUGAGGGAACUCAGGAGGACCAGACGGAAGUGCCUAGGAGAAGAAAAAUGUCCAACGACAUUCCGAUGUCGAACUUGGACCAUGCGGAAUCUUCUUCGGAUGAGGGGGAGGACAACCGGCUUAUGUCGGACAGUAGUGAAGAGGGAGCGACGAGACAAGAGUUUCGUUUUACCGUGACAGAUGUGGACGCAGAAGGUAUAGAGGACAGCAAAGUUUAGUCGGACCAUUACAGUUUAACUACAAUUCUGAAUAUUAAGUUUUUUCAUAGAACUAUGCCACAAGUAUGUCACACUGAAGAGCAUGUCAGCAGAAUGUACUGUGUUUGUGGAAAACCUGUAAUGUAUUUAUUGCACAUAGCAGAACGCUUGUUUAAGGUCGUAUUGGUGUAUUUAAGGAUGGCAUCCUGUCUACAGUUUCCAAGUGUUGUUGCAGAAAAGAUAUAAUCUGCAAUGCGCAGAUUUCUGAUUUAAUGUUGACCAAACAUUUAAUGAAAACCGUGAAAAAUUUUGGGUUUGGUGCAGGUGCCGUACGUUCUGCUGACAUUCUACACCUAAUUGUGUAGGGUUGUGCAUUUCAAAUUUUACAAAAUGUUACCCACUUUGUAUUCAUGUUAAUCCAUAAGGUUAUACAAUGUACUGUUGUCACUAACAUUUAUGUGUUACUCAUCCAACUAAUAUGUGCCUCUGAACUUAAAACAGAAAGGGCUUUGCUUCUUCACAGACUUUGCCUCAGAAUAGAUUAUUCUAUUUGUAAAAUGGAAAUCAUACCGUUUUGACUUGUCAAGCUGAUUAUGUUGAUGAGCUUCGUUUGCACCGUUUUGUCAUUAACAAAAUAUAUAUUACAUGUUCAUGUUCAUCUGUGACUAUACAUGUAUACUACUAGUACUAUACAUAGACCAAAUGAUGUUUGUUAGUUCAUAAGUUAACAAUUUGCACACAUCCAAGUGCUUGAUAUGACUUUUUGACAUGAUAUCCAGAAUAAGGUGUAGUUUGAUAUCAUUAUGCAAAUUGAUAAUUAUGAACAUCAAUUCUUAGAUUUUGUAUCAGUGAAAGUUAUUAAAUGAUGUACAUUAUAUGUAUAUUUCUAAUUACUGAAGUAGUAUUGAUGAUUUUUGUCCAUCGCUGUCUAAAGUAUCUUUAGUUCUCAGAAUCCGAGUUUUUUUGUUUGUUUUUUAUUGCACAUUCGUAUCACCAAUUGUGUUGCUAUGUGUUAGUGUCAAAAAUAUUCCUUACCGAAUGCAAUAACAUGUUGCUAUACAUGUUGUACGUAGUUCAUUUAUUUGCAUACCUAAUGUGGCAAUGUUUAUCAUGCGUGGAUAAGUGCAAAUAACUAGAAAGGUAACAUGCAAAGCAAAUGCAUAAUGUUUACCUUCACAUGAUCUAGCCUAAUAUGACUAACAACAGAACAAUGUUGAGCACUAUAUUUUAGACAACUUUACUCAGUGUGUUUCAGAAAUUGACUACUAGUAUUUAGCCUUGACUGGAUUUAAGAAAUCCAUAGUUUGUGUGUAAAACAUGUUUGAAUUUGUCACCUAAAGUCUUUUUUAUGUGUCAACAUGUUUGUACAUAUAGGAGCACGUUAUAGCUUCUAUUGUAGCCAAAUGUAACAAUUCCUGUACAAAGUCUUUCGAUAAUUUCUCAGAAUGUAAUAAAUAACUGUAGAAAGAUGCUGUUAAUAUGCAACAGAUAGCUGUGGAAAGCUUUCUGUAGGUUAGACACUCUACCAACCCUUAUGUACAGUGUACGUAUAAUGCAAGUUUCUUACAAACCUGCACAAUAGAUGCAGCUUCUUUAUUUUGAUAAUAAAGACU